ACAUAAUAAUUCGGUAAGUCGGUUAAGAGUCUCACUCUUUCAACUCCUUUCCCCUUUUCGUUCAUUCCAUUUCAUACAGUAAAAAUUAAACUCCGUACUAGUCGUACAUUUCUUUGGCUAAUAAAGUAGAAUUCUUUGAUGGCGACGAUGAAGCGUGAAAAUCCAACAGCAAACGAACAACAACAACCCCUUUCUAAGAGAUUCAAGAACGAUGUUCGUGUUGUCCUCAAUCCAGCCGACUGUGAUUUGGCUUUCAACAUUGAAGCUGAUGGCCUCACAGGGCAUGCUCUUUACGAGCAGGGAUUUGCUUAUUGUUGGUCUGGUGCUCGGGGAAAUAUCGGAAUUACUGGAGGGAAGUACUAUUUUGGAUGCAGAAUCAUCUCUGAUCAGCCUGUGAUAAUGGAAGAAACUCCUCUUGACCAACAUGUUUCUCGCAUUGGCGUUUCAAGAGGUGAUGAUCCUGUUGGAAACCUUGGUGAAACUAAAGGUAGUUUUGGGUACGGUGGAACUGGGAAAUUCUCAACUAAUGCCAAGUUUGUGGAUUAUGGUGAGAGGUUUGGCAUUGGUGAUACUAUUACUUGCUUAGUGGAUCUUGAAAGUAAACCUUGUGCUUCAGUGGAGUUCUCCAAAAAUGGGAAAUGGUUAGGUAUUGCAAAGUAUCUUGAUGUAGACCCUAAAGGUCUUGGAGUGGUUUCUCUAACUGGAAAUUUACCGUGGGAAUCAGCCCUCUUCCCUCAUGUUCUGCUGAAAAAUACUGUGGUUAAGAUGCAAUUUAGCACAGAAGACGGACUAGUUCCUGAGGAAGGGUACAAGCCAUGGGCCUCUGCUGUGAACGAUGGAAAUGCAGUAAUUGGACCUGCUUUCUCCGACUCUCAAGCUUGUGAGGUGAUAAUGAUGGUUGGAUUACCUGCUUCAGGAAAGACUACCUGGGCAGAAAAAUGGGUGAAAGAACAUCCAGAAAAACGUUACAUUUUGCUUGGAACAAACUUGUACCUUGAUCAGAUGAAGGUUCCAGGUUUACAGCGAAAGUCCAAUUAUGGUGAACGCUUUGAUCGGUUAAUGGAUCGGGCAUCUGGAAUUUUAAACACUCUAUUGUCAAGGGCAUCUAAAGUAACUAGGAACUACAUCAUUGAUCAAACUAAUGUUUACAUGAGUGCUCGAAGGCGGAAAUUGAAGCCAUUUGCUAACUUCCACAAGAUUGCUGUAGUUGUCUUCCCAAGACAAGAAGAGUUAAAGUUACGUGAUGAAAAAAGAUUUAAAGACAUGGGUAAGGAAGUACCUCCUGAAGCAGUUAAUGAGAUGUUAGCUAAUCUUGUUUUGCCCAUGAGCAAAGACAUGCUUCAUACAGAAGAGUAUUUUGAUGAGGUCAUCUUCACAGAGCUUAGUAGGAGAGAGGCACAGAAGCAGCUUGAUGAGAUGAAGCGUGCCCUUAUAUUGUCGUGUAGCAUGAAGUCCAAGGGUGAUCAUUCAUCAUAUUCCCAUGAAAGUUCUGUCCAUUCAGAUUCUAGGUUGUCAGCCUGUGAUCCUGGACAACCCUACUCACAAUAUUCAAGCCCCUCGUUGGGAUUUCAAACAGAUUUUGGGACAGGCUCUUGGAUUGGUCCUCCUGGACAUGCUUCGCUGCCAAACCCUGCCAACGCAAUUAAAGGAUAUACAGGGGUGGAGCAUUCUGUCGCAUUAGAGGCAAUGCAGCCUCGUCCUUACAACAAUGUAAAUACCAGAUAUGAAAGCCCUGGAUUUUCUGGCAGAAUAGAAGCACCAGCAGGGUCCUACUCCUUUCCUGGAAGUUUGAAUCCAAUGCCUCCCAGGGAUUGUUAUCCUGGGACAUAUUCAAGUUACAGCAAUCCUGGUCUUGAGGAUGGAGGUCCCAGAACAUACUCAAGUUAUGGCAAUCCUAUUCCUGGGAAUAAUUACACUCAGCGUGACAGUGAAAACUAUUUGUAUGAUCCUCAUAGAACACAUGAAUCUGCCUACUCUUAUGGAACCGGAUAUGGAAAUAAUGCAGAAGCAGCAAUAUUAGCUUACCAACCUAAUGUUUCGCGAACCCCAUAUUCAAGGCCUCAGGGAAGUUACCCUGCUGAUGUGCGGCAUCCUGGAUCUGCACUUUACCAUCUUCCUGAUUCUCGGGAAUCGAGAUAAUACUUAAUUUUGCAGAUCAUGGAGACUGAUGUGUAAAUGUUGUGUGGAUAAGUCUUUUUAACUCUUUACUGUGGCCUGUGGGUACUAUUAGCUUAUGCGCCAUUUGAUCCUUUUUGUUCUUCCUACUUUGACCUUUUUUGUCUCGCAAAAAGAUUUCAAGUGGAAAGAACAAAAAGGAUCCGCUGUAGUAUUGUAAUUUGUUAGUGACAUAUCUUGCCUAGUAUUAAUUGUAUAGAGUCUGAAUGUUUGUUACACAAUUUUAUUAUAGUCCCAUAAUAAUAGUUGAUUUUUCCGUACA